AUGGCCACACCUUUCUGCGACCACCACCCCAAGUUGCUGCUGGUGGCGACGUCCCCAAGCUCCUGCGGUGGCGACCUCUCCGGCAUGCUGCUGCCGGUCACCUCGUCUGCUGCCUGGCCCACCGACUUCCUCGCCGACCAUCUAUGUGCUAAGAUUCGCAUCCAUCUACUACCGCUCGUCGGCAGUUCAUUUCGACGUGACCCGGCCGUUCCGGCUGGGAGUGCUGCUGCAGCUAAGCUGGCCAUGGCCUCCUGUCACCAUCGGAGGAGAGAUCGGUCCAUGAUGGGAACCAAGUUGUGCUCCUCGUGGAGUUCCAAGCGUGGUCCUGGUGGCUGGCGUGACGGUUGGGCUCAGCCACGGCGGUUCACCCCAACGCCGCUGUUAUGGCGGUGGAGAGCCGCGAGAGAAAGAGCUGGUGGUCGCCUGCCAGGCUGCUGCUGCGGGCGUCCAUGCGGAGCAAAAGCUUUUGUCUUUCCUGACCUGCAACUCCAAUCUACCGCUGGCCACGUCCCCAACCUGCUACUGCUGCCACCAUGCCAAGGGCCUCCGCCUUUACGAUGA